AUGAGACGAUCCACAGUGCUUUUCAUUCUAGAAGAAUCCUCGAACCAGUGUAAUGAUCCAGUUUCGUCGGAUAAUCUAGGAUUUCAUUGUUUGCGAUUGGUGGCUGUAAGUGCAUCGCAUGCGACAACAUCUACAGUCACUCAAGGCACUAAAGCCAACUAUGGACCGCUGGCGGAUGAGGACAGAAUUUUUACAAACCUCUACGGUCGCCACGACUGGCACCUAAAAAGUGCAAUGAAAAGGGGUCAUUGGUACAAAACCAAGGAGAUUUUGCUCAAAGGACCAGACUGGAUUAUAGAAGAGUUGAAAAAAUCCGGCCUACGCGGUCGUGGUGGUGCGGGAUUUCCUACUGGCGUGAAGUGGAGUUUCAUGAAUAAACCCAGCGAUGGAAGACCAAAAUAUCUGGUGGUCAAUGCUGACGAGGGUGAACCAGGGACAUGUAAAGAUCGGGAAAUAAUGCGUCAUGAUCCUCACACGUUGGUUGAAGGUUGCCUGAUUGCAGGUCGUGCCAAUGGUGCCCAGGCUGCCUACAUUUACAUUCGUGGCGAGUUUUACAAUGAGGCUUCAAAUCUACAGAUGGCAAUCCGCGAGGUAAGUCUGUCCGUUUAUUAUGAGAAUUCUUACUUACCGAAAAAUGAUACUUUUCGCAAAUGA